UAAGCCGCCACCAUGAGUACGGACGCGGAGAUGGCCAUUUAUGGCAAGGCUGCCAUUUACCUCCGUAAGCCUGAGAAGGAGAGAGUUGAGGCUCAGAACAAACCCUUUGAUGCUAAGGCUGCCUGCUAUGUGAUUGAUGACAAAGAGCUGUACGUCAAAGCAACAAUCAAGAGCAAAGAUGGUGCCAAAGUCACUGUUACUGUGAAUGAUACUAAGCAGGAGAGAGUUGCUAAGGAGGAGGAUGUCCACCCAAUGAAUCCUCCCAAGUAUGACAAGAUUGAGGACAUGGCCAUGAUGACCCAUCUCAAUGAACCCUCUGUGCUGUAUAACCUCAAAGAGCGUUACGCAGCAUGGAUGAUCUAUACCUACUCAGGACUCUUCUGUGCUACUGUGAACCCCUACAAGUGGCUCCCAGUGUAUGAUGCAGAAGUGGUGUCUGCCUACAGAGGCAAAAAGCGUAUGGAGGCUCCACCCCACAUCUUCUCUGUCUCUGACAAUGCCUAUCAGUCCAUGCUCACUGACAGAGAGAACCAGUCUGUCCUGAUCACUGGAGAAUCUGGUGCUGGAAAGACUGUGAACACCAAACGUGUCAUUCAGUACUUUGCCACAGUUGCAGUGCAUGGUGACAAGAAGAAAGAAUCNUUUCAGUUUGGAAAGCUCUAA